ACUUAUUAUGCUGGCAAAUGUCACACUUUCAAGACUCUGGAGAGUGCACCACAGGUCCCUAGUCCACCUGUGAUGGGUGCACCUCAGGUCCCUAGUCCACCUGUGAUGGGUGCACCUCAGGUCCCUAGUCCACCUGUGAUGGGUGCACCUCAGGUCCCUAGUCCACCUGUGAUGGGUGCACCACAGGUCCCUAGUCCACCUGUGCUGGGUGCACCUCAGGUCCCUAGACCACCUGUGCUGGGUGCACCUCAGGUCCCUAGUCCACCUGUGAUGGGUGCACCACAGGUCCCUAGUCCACCUGUGAUGGGUGCACCACAGGUCCCUAGUCCACCUGUGAUGGGUGCACCUCAGGUCCCUUGUCCAUCUGUGAUGGGUGCACCUCAGGUCCCUAGUCCACCUGUGAUGGGUGCACCUCAGGUCCCUAGUCCACCUGUGAUGGGUGCACCUCAGGUCCCUAGUCCACCUGUGAUGGGUGCACCUCAGGUCCCUAGACCACCUGUGCUGGGUGCACCUCAGGUCCCUAGACCACCUGUGCUGGGUGCACCUCAGGUCCCUAGUCCACCUGUGAUGGGUGCACCUCAGGUCCCUAGUCCAUCUGUGAUGGGUGCACCUCAGGUCCCUAGUCCAUCUGUGAUGGGUGCACCUCAGGUCCCUAGUCCACCUGUGAUGGGUGCACCUCAGGUCCCUAGUCCAUCUGUGAUGGGUGCACCACAGGUCCCUAGUCCAUCUGUGAUGGGUGCACCUCAGGUCCCUAGUCCAUCUGUGAUGGGUGCACCUAAGGUCCCUAGUCCAUCUGUGAUGAGUGCACCUCGGGUACCUAGUCCAUCUGUGAUGGGUGCACCUCAGGUCCCUAGUCCACCGGUGAUGGGUGCACCUCGGGUCCCUAGUCCACCUGUGAUGGGUGCACCAGAGGUCCCUAGUCCACCUGUGCUGGGUGCACCUCAGGUCCCUAUUACACCUGUGCUGGGUGCACCUCAGGUCCCUAGUCCACCUGUGCUGGGUGCACCUCAGGUCCCUAGUCCACCUGUGUUGGGUGCACCUCAAGUCCCUAGUCCACCUGUGAUGGGUGCACAUCAGGUCCCUAGUCCACCGGUGAUGGAUGCACCUCAGGUCCCUAGUCCACCGGUGAUGGGUGCACCACAGGUCCCUAGUCCACCUGUGAUGGGUGCACCACAGGUCCCUAGUCCACAUGUGAUGGGUGCACCACAGGACCCUAGUCCACAUGUGAUGGAUGCACCUCAGGUCCCUAGUCCACCUAUGAUGGGUGCACCUCAGGUCCCUAGUCCACCUGUGUUGGGUGCACCUCAGGUCCCUAGUCCACAUGUGAUGGGUGCCCCACAGGCCCCUAGUCCACCUGUGAUGGAUGCACCUCAGGUCCCUAGUCCACCUGUGAUGGGUGCACCUCAGGUCCCUAGUCCACCUGUGAUGGGUGCACCACAGGCCCCUAGUCCACCUGUGAUGGGUGCACCUCAGGUCCCUAGUCCACCUAUGAUGGGUGCACCUCAGGUCCCUAGUCCACCUGUGUUAGGUGCACCUCAGGUCCCUAGUCCACCUGUGUUGGGUGCACCUCAGGUCCCUAGUCCACCUGUGAUGGGUGCACCUCAGGUCCCUAAUCCACCUGUGUUAGGUGCACCUCAGGUCCCUAGUCCACCUGUGUUGGGUGCACCUCAGGUCCCUAGACCACCUGUGCUGGGUGCACCUCAGGUCCCUAGACCACCUGUGCUGGGUGCACCUCAGGUCCCUAGACCACCUGUGCUGGGUGCACCUCAGGUCCCUAGUCCACCUGUGAUGGGUGCACCUCAGGUCCCUAGUCCAUCUGUGAUGGGUGCACCUCAGGUCCCUAGUCCAUCUGUGAUGGGUGCACCUCAGGUCCCUAGUCCAUCUGUGAUGGGUGCACCUCAGGUCCCUAGUCCAUCUGUGAUGGGUGCACCUCAGGUCCCUAGUCUAUCUGUGAUGGGUGCACCUCGGGUACCUAGUCCAUCUGUGAUGGGUGCACCUCAGGUCCCUAGUCCACCGGUGAUGGGUGCACCUCGGGUCCCUAGUCCACCUGUGAUGGGUGCACCACAGGUCCCUAGUCCACCUGUGAUGGGUGCACCUCAGGUCCCUAGUCCACCUGUGUUGGGUGCACCUCAGGUCCCUAGUCCACCUGUGCUGGGUGCACCACAGGUCCCUAGUCCACCUGUGUUGGGUGCACCUCAAGUCCCUAUUCCACCUGUGAUCGGUGCACCUCAGGUCUCUAAUCCACCGGUGAUGGGUGCACCUCAGGUCCCUAGUCCACCUGUGUUGGGUGCACCUCAGGUCCCUAGUCCACCGGUGAUGGGUACACCACAGGUCCCUAGUCCACCUGUGAUGGGUGCACCUCUGGUCCCUAGUCCACAUGUGAUAAGUGCACAUCAGGUCCCUAGUCCACCGGUGAUGGGUGCACCACAGGUCCCUAGUCCACCGGUGAUGGGUGCACCACAGAUCCCUAGUCCACCUGUGAUGGGUGCACUACAGGUCCCUAGUCCACAUGUGAUGGAUGCACCACAGGACCCUAGUCCACAUGUGAUGGAUGCACCUCAGGUCCCUAGUCCACCUAUGAUGGGUGCACCUCAGGUCCCUAGUCCACCUGUGUUGGGUGCACCUCAGGUCCCUAGUCCACAUGUGAUGGGUGCCCCACAGGCCCCUAGUCCACCUGUGAUGGAUGCACCUCAGGUCCCUAGUCCACCUGUGAUGGGUGCACCUCAGGUCCCUAGUCCACCUGUGUGGGAACCGACCU